UUCAAAUAUUUUAUGAUUCAUAAAAGUUUUGAUUGCACCCAAGACUUUACUUUUAGACAUGUUUUCCUUGAACUAACCAUGAAUUGUAAAAAAAAAAAAUGGAAUGAAAACAAAACAAAACAACAAAUGAAGUGAGCACAAAAGCAUUUUUAACAUUCUGAAUGGGAUUUGCUGUUCACAAUUCUCACCCCGUGCCCUCGGUGCAAUAAUGACCACAUUAUGGUCCAAACUGGUCGGGAGUGAGAAAGGCUACUUUGUAAGUAAGUCCAUUGAGUGGGAGGGUCACACAGGCCAGUCUUGUAUAUAUCGCAGUAAAAAAAAUCAUGUUUCCUUCAUCCAAGUCAACAGCACGGAUAUAUUUUGCUUCACUGCUUCACUGUUUUCACCACACAGUCACCAGUCACUCCUCGUGGGACUGAAGACAAGAAGCAUGCCGUGCGGCGGGGUCAAGUCCUUUCUGGUGAGCCUUUCUCGGAGGAAGCCCCUGGAGCCAGAGGGAGAGCAGUCAACCUUUAACCGAUGCCUGACCACCCUGGACCUUGUGGCCCUCGGCGUGGGCAGCACCCUGGGGGCCGGGGUCUACGUCCUGUCUGGAGAGGUGGCCAGAGACUCCGCUGGACCCAGCAUCAUCAUCUCCUUCUUCAUCGCCGCUAUGGCAUCCAUAUUUGCCGGGCUGUGCUAUGCUGAGUUUGGGUCGAGGGUUCCCAAAACAGGCUCAGCAUACCUUUACAGCUAUGUGACUGUUGGAGAGCUGUUGGCUUUUAUCACUGGGUGGAAUCUGUUACUCUCCUACAUCAUAGGGACAUCUAGUGUUGCACUGGCGUGGAGUGGGACAUUUGAUGACCUCAUAGGGGGCCACAUAUCGAAAUACUUUGAAGAAAAUGCAGCCAUGGGCCUCCCUGGCCUGGCGCCUUACCCAGAUGUCUUUGCUGCUGGUCUCGUCAUGCUGCUGUCAGGUCUGCUGUCAUUUGGAGUGAAAGAGUCAACAACAAUCAACAAGAUCUUCACAGCGGUCAACAUCCUGGUGCUAGUGUUUGUGGCCAUCUCUGGGUUCAUCAAGGGGGACAUCUCCAACUGGCAGAUCAGUGAAGAGACUCUGAUAAACGCCACCGCAGAGCUCAAAAACUUGAGCUCUACUGCCAAUGUGACAAGUGUGUAUGGAGUGGGUGGAUUUUUCCCCUAUGGCCUCAGUGGAACAGUGGCCGGAGCUGCAACAUGUUUCUAUGCUUUUGUUGGAUUUGACUGCAUCGCUACAACAGGUGAGGAGGUGAAGAACCCCCAGAAGUCCAUCCCUCUGGGCAUUGUGGCCUCACUACUCAUCUGUUUCGUGGCCUACUUUGCUGUGUCUGCUGCUCUCACCCUGAUGAUGCCCUACUACCUGCUCAGUGAAAAAAGCCCCCUGCCUGUGGCCUUUGAAUACAUCGGCUGGGCCCCCGCUAAAUAUGUUGUGGCUGUGGGAUCGCUGUGUGCCCUGUCCACCAGCCUGCUGGGCUCGAUGUUCCCGAUGCCCCGGGUGCUGUUCGCCAUGGCGAGAGAUGGCCUGCUUUUCCAACCCCUGACCAAAGUCACCUCCAGGGGCAGUCCUGCUAUAGCUACUAUAUCAUCUGGAACUGUGGCAGCUCUCAUGGCUCUGCUGUUUGACCUGGAAGCCUUGGUGGAAAUGAUGUCCAUCGGCACUCUGUUUGCCUACACACUCGUGGCCAUAUGCAUCUUAAUACUGAGGUACCAACCGGGUCCGUCUGAAGACACAGACCUACAGAUCCUAGAAUCAAACACCAAGUUUGCCCUCCUGAAGCCUCCGUCAUCUGCCAAUUCAGACACCUCAAGAAGAGUCACAACCUUGACUCUGAUCUCUGUUGCGUGUGUGGUUGCACUGUGUGUCACCCUGACCGAAGCCAUAGAUGCUCUGGCCAACUUCGAAGCAUGGAGUCUGGUGGUUGUCUGCAUCCUCGCCUUCAUCGUGCUGCUCAACACUUUCCUCAUCUGGAGGCACCCACAAAAUAGCAGCAAGGCAUCUUUCAUGGUGCCUUUACUCCCUGCACUGCCAUUAGUGAGUACGUUCAUUAACGUCUACCUGAUGGUCCAGUUAAGUGGAGAAACAUGGAUACGAUAUGCUAUUUGGAUGUUAGUGGGGUUAAUCAUUUACUUUGGCUACGGUGUCCGUAACAGUGUCCAGAAGCAGCGUCUCAAGGCCAACAAGACGAAGAUCGAAACCAUUAGCGACAAAAUGGACAACGACAUAAUUAAAGAAGAAAAAUUCUGAGCUUGGGCCGGAGAGAAAUAGAUUGAGAUGUUACAGUGAGUAACAGCUUUAAAGCAGCAGUAGGCAAUAAUGGAGCAAAUAUGAUUAAAAAAAAAUUAUUUUUAUAAAAAGGUUGCUAUAUCCUGACAGUAGAGCAUGAGACAGGUGAUCUAGUAAAAAAUCAUGUGCCUC